AUGUCUCAAUACCUCCCUCUAGACCAAACGGACCUUGAACAGCCCCCCAACAAUGAGAAAACCACCACCCCACCACCCUCUCGCCGAUGGCCUAUCCUCCUCCGCAACGGACUCAUCUCCCUCCUCGCUCUCUACGGCCUCAUCAACCUAACCCUGCAAAUAUACUCCCACCUCCCCAUCUCAGUCCCCAACCAAGCCCACUCCUCCUGUACCUGCGGCUCAACCCCCGCAGAAGCCCUCUCCCGAGGCUGCAAAUUCGAUCCCUUCGCCCUCGCCUGGCUCCCCUCCACCUGCCGCGACGACGACCUAAUACAAGAAUUCGAAACCCUCGGCAAAGCCAACAACCACAGCUGGACGUUCUACACAUGGCCGAAUGCAGACCGGGAACUCACUCUCCAAGAAGUCUCCAUGAUGGCGGACGUGGUGGGGACGAAGAAUCGCACCGCGGUUACCACGACGGUAGACUGGCAUCAUACGCAUUGUCUUUAUUUGUGGCGGAAGUUGUAUCGGACUAGGUAUACGGGGCUUGGGAUGGAGGGGAGGUAUGAUUCGGAACAUCAUCAGAAGCAUUGUGUGGAGAGUAUUUUGGAAUGGGUGAGGGUUCAGGAGGGGGCGGGGAGGUUGAUUGGGGGAUCGGUGGUGGAUUUGUAUGCUGGUUAG